AUGGCCGAGCCGGUUGAGAUUGAAAUGGAAAACGCAUCUGGGAUUCUCCAAGAUCGGCGCCCCCGCAUGGCUUAUCAUCUCCUCUCCGUGGGAUUCCCUAUCUUCCACUUACCAUUCGCUGUCAGCGCCUCUUAUCUUUCUGUCUUCAUCUCCCUAGUUAUUUGUGUAUAUCUCGUUUUCUUCCGUUUGAAUGGGUUCAACAUCGACUUGACAAAGAGUCGGAAUGGUUGCAUCACCUGCAAGGCAAAGCGGUUGAAGUGCGACGAAGUCAAGCCAUCUUGUCACCAGUGCGAAAGACGAAAGGUCCAAUGUGGAGGAUACAAGAAAGACUUCAAAUGGCGACCGUUCGAAGAGAUCAACAUGGCCUCUGGGCGGCCUACCGUACCCAAAGCCAAAAAGGCGAACUCUUCAUCCCAUCAAGCUUCCUCUGCCGCCAAUAUUGGCCAGUCCUUUCCGACUCCUCCGACGACUGAACAAUCGGCAUCGCCGAUUCGCAUACAGUCCCACAAAUUUGGUGGCUCUCGUUCGCCUCCAGGCUCUCCUUUGCAUAGCUCGCCCCUUAGUAUAAAUAGCUUUCUUUCCACGGAAGCCCGUUCUCUUGAAGAUCUACCCGUCACACGGGAAGAUGCUUCCAUGGUAGAGUGCAAUGAACCUCCCCUUGAUAUCAAUGUUUCAUUGUCCGCCGACUCUCCCCCUUUCAAUUUUCUCUCCUUCUUGGAUCCUUUUCAGGAUUCUCUGUCGCUUGCAAACCCCUUGGGCUCUGAUGUCGAUACCGAUACUGCUAGACAUUUGCCGUUGGUUCCAGACAAGCCAGAUACCGAUGCAUCUAGGCUGAGCUUCUCUCAGCUAUUGGAGGAUGAAAACGAUGACAUUGAGGAGAUCAUCCGGAAAUCGGAUCCAGCAUUGGGACCUUGGAAUUUCGCCCUAACCGAGGGAGACUCUUUCCAUAUUGACCCCCCAAGCAUGUCAGACAACCCAUCUCUACCCCCGGAAAGUCCGGAAAUGCUCGUGAUGCGGUUUGAUAAACUCACAUGUGGGAUUUUAUCUAUCAAAGAUGGUUCAUUAGAGAAUCCGUGGCGAACACUCAUUUGGCCGUUAGCAAAAGACGCGCCUGCACUUCGCCAUGCUAUCUUUGCUCUGACAGCGUUCCAUUCGGUAAAGCAAAGCCCGCACCUUCGGAUCCAAGGAGCCAAACAUAUGCGCCAGAGCAUAAAUGGUCUAGUCGGACAAAUUCAGAAUAUGAGGGCGGAUACUGCGCUGGCGACUAGUUUGGCUUUGGCAUUUGCCGAUACCUGGGACCAAAACACCCGCACAUGUAUUCAACAUCUGCGAGGCGCAAAAACAUUGAUGUGUCAGGUGAUCGCGGCCGGGAUGCAACGAGGUGUUAGUGAUGAGGAGCUGGAUCGCAUCCGGUUCCUCUAUAACACAUGGUCCUAUAUGGAUGUGAUCGCACGACUGACUUCUUUGGAUGAAUGUGGUCCUCAAAACUGGGAUUCUUCGGUUUUCGAGCUUCCAAGUGAUACAGUCCAUGAUAUUGAUCCGUUGAUGGGCUGUGCAACGACUCUAUACCCUCUUAUAAGCCGGGUUGCGAAACUGAUCCAGCAUGUGCGGAAGAGCACGUCGAACACGGUGUCGGUUGUGGCCCAAGCUAUGGAACUCAAAGCUCUCGUCGAGCAAUGGGAGCCACCGCAAUGGUUUGAGCCACCAGAUGACCCCAACUCCGAGGUUCAGCAUAGUAUUCAAGUUGCACAUGCCUAUCGCUGGGCGACGUUGCUAUACCUACAUCAGGCUGUUCCAGAGAUACCCUCCGAGCCGGCCGAUGAAUUAGCAAAGAGGGUCCUGAUCUUGCUUGCCACUGUUCCCUACACUUCCAGGACUACUAUCAUACAAAUGUUCCCUCUACUAGCAGCUGGGUCUGAGGUUGACACUGAAGAUGACCGAAAAUGGGUCUUGGAUCGAUGGACCACAAUUCAGUCUCGAUUGAUGCUAGGUGGUGUUGAUCGCUGCUUGGAGGUGUUGAAGGAAGUCUGGGAACGUCGCGACGCAAUGAAUGCUAGAAGAGCGCGUGAAAUGGCCAGUUCGCGACGUGGCGAGUCUUUCUCAUCUGGAGAUAGGGAGAAAAUGAGCUCGUCAUUGCCAGCCGAUUUCCGCAAAUACAGUCUCAAUGGUUCCCACAAGGGGCCAACUGGAAGGCCAGGACAACCUACAUCGAGGUCUGCGCGACGGGGUUCCGCACUCGCCCCGCUUGAAAACAUUGAAUUUGAAAGAACUGUGCGUGGCAGAUUGCAUUGGGUGAAUGUUAUGGCUGAAUGGGGAUGGGAAGUUUUCCUUGGCUAG